AUGGGCGUUAUCGGUAGCAAAACUAGUCCAAACUCUAGCAACAACAGCAGCAACAACAACAACAAAAAAUACAACAACAACAACAACAACGACAAACCAGAUCUGGAGGUUAGGGGUACGCGGAUAUCCCCAAAGCCCCGUCGACCAGCGCGUGAGGUUGUUGUGGUUCAGCCCUUGCUACAACAACGCAACAACAACAGCAACAAAAACAACGUCAACAACAGUAAUAAAAUGAACGCUGAUAACAAAAUAUGCAACUCAAACAACGACAAAAACAAACUGAAUGAUAACAUUGACAACGACAACAACGACGAUGACGUCACCGACAAGACCGUCAACAAUGAGACCACCAGCGAAGUCAACAGCUUCAAAAUGACGUCACCCACGUCGCCAAAAGCGGAACUAAUCAUGGUGAAGGAGGCCGUAAGUCACCAACAGCACGAUCUCACAGCAUCAACAACAACAACAUCAACACCAACAACAACAACAACAUCAACAAAAACAACAACUAAUAAUAAUAAUAAUAUUACCUCUCCAAAAGAUAUCUCAAAUGACAUCAACGCUGUUAACAUAGAGACUACUCCUACCACUACUACUACUAAUACUACUACUACUACUACUGCUGCUUGUAAUAAUAAUAAUAAUAAUAAUAAUAAUAAUAAUAAUAAUAAUAAUAGUGAUGAUUGUAUAACAUCUAACGAAAAAGGCUUGGAAGGGGAAAAUUGCGCGGUCGAUAAUGAGGAAGAUGGGAAUUCCAUUUCCGCUAUGUCGAGCGUCAGUGACGUCAGCAUAGAUAAAUUAAUCUGCAAGGAGGAAUAUUUAGAUCUAUGCAAUAUGGCCGACCUACCUGCCAUUGAAAGUCCCGAAGCGGCUAACAUCUCUUCUUUGCGGAUCAAGGAGAUCAUGGUACUCAUAGAAAACUCCGCCCACCCAGCCAAGCAGCCAAUCAUAGACAACCUGAAGUAUGCAUGCCAGGUCCUAGAUCACGUCUUCGAAAAUGAAACAAAACGUUUGUGUGGCGAGGAAGAAGACGACAAUGUGCUAAGUGAAGUCGUUGAAGCCGAUGUUCCAGAUCAGGGCAUAGAUGAUUGGACGUUCGACGUUUUCAAAGUGGACGAAUCAUCUGAAGGUCACUCCCUCAAGUUCGUGGCCUACGAGGUCAUUCAAAAGUACAACCUCAUCAGGAAGUUCAAGAUAAGUUCACAGACGCUGGACAACUUUUUGACCCAGAUAGAGCAAGGGUACAGCAAGCAUAGGAACCCCUACCACAACCUCGUCCAUGCCGCUGACGUCACGCAGACCACCCACCACAUCCUGGUCAAUUGCGGCAUGCAGUCCACGAUUACGAGCACACUGGCACGACGAAUGCCUUCCACAUUAACACCGGGCAAAUCGGAUAUCGCGUUGACAUACAACGAUCGAGCGGUCCUUGAAAGCCAUCACGUCAGCGCGGCGUUCAAACUCAUGAAAGAUGAGGAGCUCAAUAUACUCGCCUCCUUGAAGAGAGAAGAGUAUAAAGAAUUAAGAAUGUUGAUGAUAGAGAUUGUCCUAGCUACAGACAUGUCCUUCCACUUCCAGCAAAUCAAAAACAUGAAGAGUCUCCUAUCCAUGCCAGAAAACAUCGACAAGUGCAAAGCCCUUUCAUUGAUAGUCCACUGUGCCGACAUCAGCCACCCCGGCAAGCCUUGGAACAUGCAUCACAGAUGGACACAACAACUCAUCAGCGAAUUCUUUCAACAGGGUGACAGAGAGGCGGAAAUGAACCUGACGAUAUCUCCAUUGUGUGAUAGGAACAACACGCUGAUUGCUCAGUCACAGAUCGGUUUCAUAGAUUUCAUAGUUGAUCCGAGCUUCCAGGUGAUGAGCGAUGCUGUCGACAAGAUUCUGCAGCAGCUGACGUCAACAACCGCAACGACCACAACGACCACAAAUAACAAUAAUAAUAAUAAUAAUAAUAAUGGAAUAUUAGAGACAUCAUCAGAGAACAAGAUCCAACGACAUUGGAAUGCCUGCCUCGCCACAAAUAAACAAAAGUGGAGAGAAAAAGGUGAGGAUGAUGAAGGUGAUGAAGAUGAAGAUGAAGAUGAUGGUGAUGAUGAUGAUGAUGAAGAUGAAGACGACGAUGAAAAUGAUAAUGACUAUUGGUUUUGUAUUUUCAUAAUUUUAAUAGAUGAAGAGGAAAAGAUGCAAGCGGAGGCCGAGAAAGAAAAAUCCCUAAAAAAUAUAGGCGGUGACGAAAAAGUUGAUGAUGAAGAAACUACGAAAUGA